CAUCAUCAUCAGCUGCAGAAGGACACCUCCGGUUGCUGUCAGUGCAGCUGCCCUCCCGCGGGUUUAAAGAAAGUAAUCAGUUCGAAUCGCCGAUUUUGAUCCGGUUUAUUUCCUUUGAUCUAGAAGGAGUGCGGCUGAUUAGCGUGGAAGAAGAGCUUUGAUUAAAAACACCAUCCCAUCCAUCUUCAUUAAGACUGUGAAUCCUUACAAUGAUUGUGUGAUCAUAAACCAAGCUAAAAUGACAUCACAUCGUCAUUGCUACUUGCAUCGAGCCCUUCUUCCUUCACGCUGGAUAUCAGAUGGGGCACUGAGUGGUAUAGCAGAAAUAACUUCCUUUCUAUACCUUGGCCGUGGUAGUGUGGCUUCAAAUAGGACUCUUUUACUGGCCAAAGGUGUAACUUGCAUAGUAAAUGCUACAAUUGAAAUUCCAAAUUUUAACUGGCCCCAGUUUGAAUAUGUGAAGGUACCCCUGUCUGACAUGCCACAUGCACCAAUAUCUUUAUAUUUUGAUAGCGUGGCAGAUAAAAUCCACAGCGUAGCUAGGAAGCAUGGUGCCACUUUGGUGCAUUGUGCUGCAGGAGUGAGCCGAUCCGCAUCACUGUGCAUUGCUUACCUAAUGAAAUACCACAAAGUGUCCCUUCUAGAGGCUUACAACUGGGUCAAAACUAGACGGCCUGUGAUACGGCCCAACGUUGGCUUCUGGAAGCAAUUGAUAGAGUAUGAACGGAAACUGUUUGGGAAAUGCACGGUGAAGUUGCUGCCCACACCGUGUGGUGUGAUUCCAGAUGUAUAUGCAAAAGAAAGGCGGCAUCUGAUGCCUUACUGGAGGAUCUAAUAGCAUUGUGAAGAUCAAGAAA